AUGAGUACGACGCUCACGACGCUGCUGCCGCAUAUCCCGCUGCUCAUCAAGACAGCCAUUCUCCAUGGACUUCACCUCUCGCCUGGAUCCGGCAAGCAGGAUCUGCGCACCGAACUGACCGUCACUCUCAUCCGGUCGAUCAUGGAGCAGCCCCUGCAGCCCAUCGGCAAGCAGCAGAGGGCCAGCAUGCGCGAGACGGGCCUCCAGGGCCCCCUGUGGGUGUCCAAGGUGGUGUUGCCGGCGCCGGAGCCAGACGUGAGAGACGCGGUGGUACGCGCGAUCGAGGCUCUCAAGGUCGGCGACGAGACGUUCGACAUUCCCGCUGUCUUACCUGUCGAGGCUGAAUGGACUGGCUAUCGAAGCGGCGUCAGUAAGAACGCUCCCUGGCCGGAUCUCUCUGAUGAGGAGAAGUACAAAGCUUUGAAGGAUGAAACGACGACCGAUACGGUCAUUCUCUACUUUCAUGGAGGGGCUCAUUUUUUGAUGGAUCCCUCUACCCAUCGGGUUUCCGUCUCGCGGCUCUCGAAAGAGACAGGCGCUCCUGUGCUUUCCGUGCGGUAUCGCCUGUCGCCUCAGAACCCCUUCCCGGCGGCCAUCGUGGACGCCCUGGUGGCGUACCUGUCGCUGGUGUCUCCUCCCCCGGGCUCGUUCCAUACCGCCGUGCCCGCCAACAAGAUCGUCCUCGCCGGCGACUCGGCGGGAGGCAAUCUCGCGCUCGGCCUGCUCCAGACCUUACUCACGCUGCGGCGGAUCGGCGAGGGAGGCGCCUCGGUGCAGUUCCACGGCAAACAGGUGCCCAUCGACCUGCCGGAGGGUGCUGCCCUCACCUCCCCCUGGUGCGACAUCUCUCGCUCCAUGCCCUCGGUGUCCUCCAACGCGUACCUCGACUACCUUCCACCCCCGACUCAGCCGUCUGAUGCCCCGUACUUGCCCGCCCCCGUUCCAGCGGAUGAGGUGUGGCCCUGCUCCCCGCCGCGCGUGGACAUGUACACCAACGCCACCGCAGUGAUACACCCGCUCGCCUCUCCGGUCGCGGCACACACCGAGCUGUGGAAGACUUGCCCGCCCGUGUUUAUAUCCAUGGGCGAAGAAGAGCUCGCGGAUGAAGGCCUUGUGCUCGCCCGCAGGAUGCACGGGGCGGGGGUCGCCGUUUGCGUUGAGCAGUUCGAGGGAAUGCCGCAUUGUUUCGGCCUGGUCAUGCAAGGCACACGCGGUAGCGAUCGCUACUUCGAGGGUUGUGCGUCCUUUUAUCGGGAUCUUGCCGCUGGAAAGGUUGUGGCAGCAGCUGGAGAAGCAGCGGAGCAAGACAGCAGUGCUGGAAGAAGAACCGGAUGCGUUGAUUUCAUCGAGUUCAGACACCAAAAGACCACUAAAGUCACCCCCCUCGAUAAGGUGGAAUUACCUUCCGACGAAAAGGUCGACAAACUCCUGCGCAACGCAAAGCAUUGGCGGGUUGAGGGCGAGAAAGAGCUGCAGAAAUAG